CUGUCCAUUGUCACGCAAAAUCACAAUUCUUCUUCCCCCUUUCUUCUCUCUACAUGGUCUUCUCAUAUUCUCAGAGCUAUUUCGACUGUGAAAUCCUUCUUCCUGCAUUGUGAUGGGUUUGAAGGGAGUCGCCCAGAAGGGCAAGGGGGUCGCCGAUAAGGGCAAGGCCGUCGCCGAUAAAGCUUCUCCAGCCGGAAAACGGAAGCGCAGCGAUGAUGGGAAGAGGUCCGGUCGCAGUCGUCAGAGGAAUAGCCCGGGAGUGUUAAGGUUUUUUGAAGAUGACGCUGACGUGGCCGAUGAUAGCGAUUCCAGCGAUAUCAGUGACUACUUCAGAGAUUUUAUGGAAGAAGACUUUGGAUUGGGAGAAAAUGAUAACAAUGAAGCAGGAAAAUCCUCCAGUAUUCCAUUUAUUCCUAAAGAAGAGGAGAUGGAUGAAGAGGAAUUUGGUAGAAUGAUGGGAGAUGGAUACAACGAUAGCUCUCAAUUUGCUUCCUAUGCUGAAGAUGGUCAUGAGAACAAGAGAUCGACUGACAGAAGUUCGCGUAUGUCUUCCGAUGAUGAACCAAUUAUCUGGAAAGUCAAAUGUGCGGUUGGACGCGAGAGGGUUUUAUCUUUCUGUUUGAUGCAGAAGUAUGUUGACUUGAAAUCAUUAGGCAAAAAGUUGGAGAUAAUAUCUGCAUUUGCUCUUGAUCACGUCAAAGGAUUUUUGUUUAUAGAAUCUGACAAGCAAAGUAAUGUUAAUGAGGCAUGUUAUGGGCUACCUGGUGUGUAUGCAACUCGAGUAAUGCCAGUUCCUAGGAAUGAAGUUUCUCGUCUGGUCUCUAUUAAGCCUCCACGCAAUGAGAUUUCGGUGGGCAUGUGGGCCCGUGUAAAGAAUGGGAAAUAUAAGGGCGAUCUGGCUCAGGUUGUCCAUGUGAGCAAACCACCUAAAAGAGUAGUGGUGAAGCUGAUACCAAGAAUUGAUCUACAAGCGAUGGCUGAAAAAUAUGGUGGAGGAGCUACUGCCAAGAAAAUAUCCAAUCCAGCACCGCGAUUAAUCAAUUCAAGUGAACUUGAAGAGUUCCGACCUCUUAUUCAAACCAAGAAGGAUCGCGAUACUGGGAAGAUUGUUCAAGUUCUUGAUGGUAUGAUGAUCAAGGAUGGAUAUUUAUACAAAAAAGUAGCCAUAGAUUCCAUAAGUUGCUCUGGUGUUGAGCCAUCAGAAGAGGAGCAGAUGAAGUUUAGCACUUCUGAGAACAAUGAAUCUGAUAAUUCAGAGUGGCUUUCACAGCUCUAUGGGGAACAGAAGAAAAAGCGUUCCAUUAGAAAGGAUGCAUUGCACGACAAAGGAGUGAGCUCAGGGUCAGUUGCAGGUGGUAAAGGGGAGAGCUCAGGGUCAGUUACAGGUGGUAAAGGAGAGAGCUCAGGGUCAAUUGCAGGUGGUAAAGGAGAGAGCUCAGGGUCCAUGGCAGGUGGAAAAGGAGAGUGCUCAGAGUCAACUGCCAUGAAUAGUUUUGAAGUGCAUGAUCUUGUGUGUGUUGGCCGCAGAGACUUUGGGGUUAUCAUAGGCGUAGAGAAAGACUAUAGUUACAAGAUAUUGAAAGAGGGUAAAGAAGGACCUUCGGUGGUAACUGUUCAACAAAGUGAGUUACAGAACGAGCCAUCGGACAUGAAAUUUACUGCCUUAGAUCACCGCUUGAAGACCAUUAGUGUUAGUGAUACCGUCAAGGUUAUAGAAGGGCCAUUGGAGGGCAAGCAGGGAAUUGUUAAGAAAAUUUAUAGGGGGAUUGUCUUCAUGUAUGAUGAGAAUGAAACAGAAAAUUGUGGUUAUUUCUGCUGCAAAUCUCGUAUUUGUGAGAGAGUUAAGCUCUCUCCUAGCCCUUUCAAUGAAAAGGGUGGAGAAUCUAGUUUCCCAUGUUUUGAUGAUUUCCCAGCAUCCCCUAAAUCCCCUCUAUCACCUAAAAAGCCAUGGCAAUCAAGGGACGACAACCGUAAUUUUAAUCAGGCUGAUAAGGAUGGUAUGUUCAAUAUUGGUCAAACUUUGAGAAUCCGCAUUGGUCCAUUAAAGGGGUAUCUUUGCCGUGUCAUUGCAAUACGUCGUUCUGACGUCACAGUCAAGCUUGACUCUAAGCAGAAAAUUCUUACAGUUAAAAGUGAGCAUCUUUCUGAGGUUCGUGGGAGUAGCUCUGUUGUGUCAAGCGAGGGUCCAGAAUCUAGUUUUCUCAAACCUUUUGACCUGUUUGGAGGCGAAGGAUUGUCUACAGACUGGGCGGAUGGUGCAGGAGCAUCAGGAGCAGGUGAUGGGUGGACUUCUGGUGCAGUGUCUAGUGAAAGGAGCUCUUGGCCUAAUUUAUCUACACCGGGCUCUUCGAUGCAGUGGGAAUCUGGCGGUGCAAAUCAUGCUGGUGCUGAAAAUGAUGUUAAUAAAGAUGUGGAAGAUGCUUGGGGGAGCAAAGUGACUCCAAAGACAAAUGAUCCUUGGGGUGCUCAGGCAGCUGACAAAGAUGAUGCUGGUUGGGGAAGAAAAAGCACUGAGAAAGCUACUGGAGGAAGUGGGGGAGUUGACGGUAAUGCAUCUAAUAUAUGGAAUAAAGACUCUUCUGAAAAUACCGGAUGUAGUUGGGGACAAGAUAAAUCAAAAGUUGGAAUUUUAGGUGAUUCCUCAAAUGAUGCUUCAGCUUCCUGGGAGAAGAACAUUAAUGUGCAUGACAACCAGGAUUGUGGGAAAGCAGUGGAAGAACCCUGGGAUAAAGGAAAGAAUAUUGCUGACAAUUCAGCUGGCAGUUGGGGUGCUGCAACUACUAAAAAGAAUGAAUUAGAUUCUUGGGGCAAAAGUAAAAGUGUAGCUGAAGGAGGAUCAUGGGAAAAGAAAAAUGAUUGUGCUGGGGAGGAUGGCUUGAGCAAAACAGAUUCCACGUGGAGCCAACAGAAAUCUUGGGACACAGGGAAAGACAAAGUCAGCAAUGAUUCAUCUGCUUGGGGUAAGAAGACUUCUUUUCCAGAUAAGAACAACAGUGGAAAUUUUGGUUCCAGUGACAAUGAUGGCAGUCGAGAUUUAAGUUGGGGUAAGAAAGGUGCUUGGAACUCUGAAUCUGAUUCUUUGGGUGGAAACCAAGAUGCUGGUUGGGGAAAGAAAAGUGGUUGGAAUACUGCUGCUAGCGAUACUGAUGGCAAACAGGAUUCUAAUUGGGGUAAAAAAGGUGAUUGUAGUGCUGGACUUGGUGGCUCAGAGGGGAACCGAGAUUCUAAUUUGGGAAAGAAAAGUGAUUGGAACUCUGGAUCUGGUGACUCAAGGGGUAACGUGGAUUCUGGUUUGGGCAGCAAAAGCAGCUGGCACUCUAAAUCUUGUGAUGUUGAUGGGAGUAGGGACUCUAACUGGGGAAAGAAAAGUGAUUGGAACUCUGGAUCUAGUGGUACUUGUGGAAACAAAGAGUCUGGUUGGGGAACAAAAAGCAAUUUGAAUUCAGAAUCUGGUGGCACCAGUGAAAAUCAAGAUUCUGUGUGGGGCAAGAAAAGUAAUUGGAACUCAGAAUCUGAUGGUGCAAGUGGAAAUCAGGAUUCUGGUGGUGCCAAUGGAAAUCAAGAUUCUGCUUGGGGCAAGAAAAGUAAUUGGAACUCAGAGUCUGGUGGCACUGAUGGAAAUCAAGAUUCUGGUUGGGGUAAGAAGAGUAAUUGGAACUCAGAUUCUGGUGGCGCUAGUGGAAAUCAGGAUUCUGGCUGGGGCAAGAAGAGUAAUUGGAACUCAGAUUCUGGUGGUGCUAGCGGAAAUCAAGAAUCUGCUUGGGGCAAGAAAAGUAAUCAGAAUUCUGAAUCUGGUAAUGGGAAUUCUAACUGGGGCAGUGGGGAUAAUCAGACUGAGGAAUUUAAUAGUAAGCCAAGUGGUGGAAAUUGGAGAGGAGGGUUUGGAGGUCGAGGCGGGGAUAGAGGAGGCUACAGGGGUAGAGGAGGCUAUGGUGGUAGAGGUGGAGACAGAGGAGGCUUUGGUGGUAGAGGUGGAGAUAGGGGAGGCUUCGGUGGUAGAGGUAGAUCAGACCGCGGAGGCUUUGGUGGGAGAGGUGGAUCAGAUAGAGGAGGCUUUGGAGGCAGGGGCCGUGGAAGGAGGGAUCAAAAUGGUGGUUGGAACAGUAGAGAUUCUGGUGGGAAUGAUUCUUCGUGGAACAAAGGGUCGGAAAGUUCUGCUGAGGGAGGUAAAAACAGUGAUGGUGCUGGGGCUUGGAACCAAGGAAGUGAUUAUAAAAAUAAGUGGCAGGAUGGAACUUCAGGUAGCGCUGAAACUGGAAAUGUAUCUUGUGCUUGGAACCAGUCAGUGGAGGGAAAAGAUGGUGGUAGUUGGGACAAAGGAACCAGCUCCAGCACUGGAGGCGGUGGAAGUUGGGGCGAUAAUGGGAAACCUUCUGGUGCUUUUGGAGGAGCACAGUGGUCAAGCUCAAGUAAUACUAAUCAAGAGGGUGGCUGGAAAGGAUCACAAGCUGGUGGUUGGAACAAAGGAAGCAACCUGAGUACUGAAGCUGGUGGAAAUUGGGGGAGUGAGGGGAAAUCAUCUGCUGCUUCUUCAGCGGGUGGCUGGAAAGGAUCAAGUUCAGAAGCUGGCAACUGGAACAAGGGAACUGGCUCAAGUACUGGAGGUGAUGGAGAUUGGAGAAAUGAUGGAAAAACAUCUGUUGCUGCUUCUGGAGGAGGGGCGCAGUGCCCAGCCACAACUACUUCCAAUAAGGAGGGUGGCUGGAAUGGAUCAAUUUCACAAGAUGGCAGUUGGAACAAAGGAAACAAUCUGAGUUCUGGAAGUUGGGGGAAGAAAGAGAAUCCAGCUGGUGCUUCUGAGGGGACAGAGAGGACAAGCUCAGCUAUUACCAAUCAAAAGGGUGGCUGGGAAGGACAAAAUUCACAAGCUGGCAGUUGGGGUAAUAAUGUGAAACCAUCAGGUGGUUCUGGGGAAGGCCAGUGGUCAAGCUCAAAUACAUCCAAUCAGGGUGGUGUCUUUAAAGUGCCCAGUUCAACUGCACAAGCUGGCAGUUGGAACAAUCAGGGAUCAUACUCAAAUGCUGCCAGAGGAGGUUGGAAUACUCAAUCAAGUGCUGCGGAUGCAAAAGACAAAACUGAUGCAAGUGAAUCAACUGACGCAUGGGGUAAGCCAUCAUCAAAAUCUUGGGGGAGUGGAGGCAACGGUGGCGGCGGCUUUAAAGUACCCAGUUCAACUGCACAAGCUGGCAGUUGGAACAAUCAGGGAUCAGACUCAAAUGCUGCCAGAGGAGGUUGGAAUACUCAACCAAGUGCUGCAGAUGCAAAAGUCAAAACUGAUGCAAGUGGAUCAACUGACGCAUGGGGUAAGCCACCAUCAAAAUCUUGGGGAAGUGGAGGCAACAGUGGUGGUGGCUUUAAAGUACCCAGUUCAACUGCACAAGCUGGCAGUUGGAACAAUCAGGGAUCAGACUCAAAUGCUGCCAGAGGAGGUUGGAGUACUCAACCAAGUGCUGCAGAUGCAAAAGUCAAAACUGAUGCAAGUGGAUCAACUGACGCGUGGGGUAAGCCACCAUCAAAAUCUUGGGGGAGUGGAGGCAACAGUGGUGGUGGCUUUAAAGUGCCCAGUUCAACUGCACAAGCUGGCAGUUGGAACAAUCAGGGAUCAGACUCAAAUGCUGCCAAAGGAGGUUGGAAUUCUCAACCAAGCGCUGCAGAAUCAAAAGACAGAGCUGAUACAAGUGGAUCAACUGAUGCAUGGGGUAAGCCGCCAUCAAAAUCUUGGGGGAGUGGAGGUGGCGGCUUUAAAGAACCCAGUUCAACUGCACAAGCUGGCAGUUGGAACAAUCAGGGAUCAGACUCAAAUGCCGCCAGAGGAGGUUGGAAUACUCAACCAAGUGCUGCAGAUGCAAAAGACGGAACUGAUACAAGUGGAUCAACUGAUGCAUGGGGCAAGCCACCAUCGAAAUCUUGGGGCAGUGGAGGCAGCAGUGGUGGGAAAGGAGGAUGGUAAUCAACUCUCCAAACACUACUGUGGGUUACUUUUGAUUUGUUAUGACUGUAGAUAAUGCUUUUUCUUUAGUUUAGGAAGGACCUAGAACCUCAUUUUUUGAUCUGGGAACUAUGUUAUUCCUGACACAGAAUGUUCUUAUGGCUUUUGAAAAGCCCAGUGCUAGGCAAUGAGGUUAAUGACCUUUUAUUUUGAGCAUAACAGACUGACUGAAGGAAAAUCUUUGGGUUGUGUGAAGAUCGCUAUGCAUUUUGUUGUCUUGUACAGUACAGUCCAGGAAUCUGAAUUAUCCAUGCAUGGUAUUCUAUUAAGUUAAUUGAUUAUGCUGUG